GUCCACUGGUGCGGUAAUCUUUUGGCAGUGGGCCAACCAGUCAUUCAACGCACUUGUCAACUACACCAAUAGCAAUGCAACAACUGAAGUGAAUACAAAACGCUUAUUAACUGCAUAUGUCAGUGCUACUGGUUCCGCCCUUGUUGUUGCACUUGGGUUAAAGAGAGUACUUGCCAAGAGGUCUAGUCCACUGAUGCAGAGGUUUGUGCCAUUUGCUGCAGUCGCUGCCGCUAAUGCUGUCAACAUUCCACUUAUGAGACAGAGUGAAAUCACCCAAGGUGUGGCUGUCAUGGAUGAAAAUGGAAAUUAUGUCACUAAAUCAAAAUAUGCAGCUGUGAAAGGAAUCUCCCAGGUUGUUUUGUCUAGGAUCUUUAUGGCUGCACCCAGUAUGACAAUCUUGCCAGUUUUUAUGGAGAGGUUAGAGAAGACUAGACUAUUUCUCCGUCACAAAUGGCUAAGUGGCCUAUGUCAAGUUUUGUUCUCUGGAUUAAUACUUCUGGUGACGGUGCCAGCUGGUUGUGCUCUGUUUCCUCAACGAUGCUCAAUAUCUAGUAGACAGUUGUCUCUGUUGGAUUCUGACAGGCUACAAGAGCUGAAGAACACUGGCAGGACAGAUCUACCAGAGAGACUUUAUUUUAACAAAGGACUGUAA